AUGCCACAAGGGAACUUUCAGCAGCCGCAGCAGUAUCAGAAUGCUCCCCACCAGUUUCAGAAGCAGGUUCAGCCUCAAAAGUCAUCUCUGGAGGAUACAAUGCAAUCUUUCAUUGAGAUGACCAAGCAAAACAUGGAGUUUCAGUCUGCUACUAUCAAGCGUCUUGAAACGACUGUUUGUCAACUUUUUGGUACCUUGAACCAGAUUCAGCAGCAGCAACAGCCAGGGAAAAUUCAUGGCCAAGGAUUGCAACCCCACCAAGCUCAAGCUGUCACAAUCCUUCGUAAUGGAAAGUUGGUGGACAACAAGGUGGAGGCCCCUACUAAUGAGCGUCCUAAGGAGACCUGUGAGGAGGAGAGUGAGAAGGAGUCGCCCCCACCGAGAGAAGAAGAGAAGAAAGGAGAGCCCAAGGUGAAGCUUCACAAGGCCACCAAGCCUUAUAGACCGCCGAUUUCUUACCCCAAUCGGUUGAGGAAUGAAAAGCAAGAUCAACAAUUCACCGACUUCUACAACAUUUUAGCGAAGGUGAAUGUCAACUUACGACUUUUGGACGUGAUCAGAAAUGUCCCGGCCUAUGUGAAGUUCUUUAAAGAGUUGGCCUCCAAGAAGAGGAGGUUCGUGGACAACGAGAAGAUUUUUGUGUCCGAAGUUGCAAAUUCAAUCAUGCAACAGCCCUUGCCGCCAAAGCAACGUGAUCCAGGUAGUUUUGUUAUCAAUAUUACUUUAGGGAAUGAUAAGGAAGCCUCGAGGAUGCUUGAUUAG